AGGCAGGAUCAUCAAAAUAUAUCCAGGGUUGGACCAACGAGUUCGAGUUGUGGACAUCAAAACUCAACGCGGCUUAAUUUGUAGGCCUAUCACAAAAAUUGUCAUUUUACCCAAUCAAAGUUAACUUAUUCUAUACAUUCACACCUUAAUAAUUUUCUUUUUCAUUCAGGAAAUUAUUCAAUAUGACGACCAUCAAUUGCCCGUUAUGCAUAGAUAAUCAUCUUCUUCGCUGGUGCCCAAAAUUUCGUCAGAUGUCCCCAGAAAUUAGGCUGAGGACAGCCUUAAUUCACCGCUAUUGCAGCAACUGCCUUGCCUCGAACCAUUCAAAGGAUGAAUGCGACAGCGUAAUACGCUGUAAACAUUGCGGCAGCCCUCACCAUACAAUGCUCCAUGCAAUUAGUUCAGAUGCCGAAGAACUAGACGAGGAUGUCGUAGAAUUAACAUGGGCACAGCAAGUCGAGGCAGCGGAAAUGGAAGAGAAUCCGUUCACCAUCGCUACGACGGAUUCGAUGCCUUCUCACCCAUGUCAACCGACGUCAUCAGUCAUUCAACCAAGAGAAAGCUCUGACCAACGAUGCCUCUCCCGCAUACCACACGCCCAGGAUCGAGCCAGACUCGAUUCGUCUCGCCGGCUUCGGCGUGCUGGUAACUUCGAUUCGGAUUGGCGGCAUGGUAACGAUCGACUGAGACUCGAUUCGUCUCAGCGACAUUACCCGGACCCAGCGGAACGCAAUGCGUCCCACCGGCCACCCCGUCCGAAGAGAAGGCGUGGACGAGGUGCUCGACGUCAAGCAGACGCACGCCGUAUCAUCAAGGAUAGGCACGCAACACUACCUUGGCAGCAAAAAUUAGCUCUUUCACCGACCGCCUUAAUCAAGAUACGCACUGCAACCAGGUUCAUCACAGUGCGUGCCAUGAUUAACCCGGUCAGUCCAUCCACUAUCAUUCUCGCCUCCACGAUUUCACGAUUGGGACUCCGCACACAAGCCCGUGGAGACAGCCGAGUGUGCGAUCUUUUAUUUCGGGACAACCAUGGUGGACAGUCCGAAAUCUCCGUAACUGCCCAAAUACAGCGUUACCAAUUACCACCGACGCCAGUAAGGUCUCUGGAAGAACAAACCCUUCAACACUUCCAGAACCUAAGGCUCGCAGACAAUGACUUCUACAAGUCAGCGCCAGUCGAAGUAAUUUUGGGAGCGGACAUCUACUCCCGGCUCAUACUGCCGGGGUUACAACCAGCGACAGUGGGACAACUCGUCGCCCAAAAUACGACACUGGGAUACGUAAUAUCCGGCGUCGUAUAAUACGGACCAAUAAAAUGCACUGGCUACCUACGCCUCUGACAUUUACCAUUUACCCAGGAUCGAGUCAGACUCGAGUCGUCUCACCGACCACGGAAUGAGGUAAUUUCUACGCAGUUUGGUGGCAUGGCAAUGACCGUCUAAGACUCCAUUUGUCUCAGCGGCAUUUCCCGGACCGAACCAGACUCGAUUCGUCUCGUUGGCCACCCCAUCUGCAAGAAAUGCAUCACUUGCCAGAGGAAGUAUAGGAGCCAGUCGCAUGUUAGUUUUAAGUAAUAAUUAAUUAAUUGUAAACUACAUUUAAUAAUUAAUUGUAAACUGCAUUUGCAGUAAUACUGCAAGG